AUGGCUCCGGUCGGCUCGGCCCUUUGGCGUACAUUGCGCGCGCAUCAGGUCUACGGUGCUAAUACCGAUGUUGGCAAGACAAUCGUCUCAACGGUGUUGUGUAAUGCUGUCCAGAGACAGAAACAACAAGCCGCGUUCCUGAAACCCGUGUCCACGGGUGCAUUGGAUGAUGCUGAUGAUCGACACAUGCAGAGGUACGGAGCUGGAGCAUUGACCAAGUGUUUGUAUCAAUUUGAUGAACCGGUCAGCCCGCAUCUCGCCGCGAAAUCGAAGACUAUUCCACGGGAUGAUGAUCUCCUCGCAUCAAUUCAUCAGACACUGUCCGGUUGGGCACGGUCGGACAUUGACUUUGCCCUGGUCGAGACCGCCGGCGGCGUGCAUUCUCCCGGUCCCAACGGCAAUUCUCAAGCGGACCUCUAUAGACCGCUUCGAUUGCCCAUUGUUCUUGUCGCAGACUCUCGUCUAGGUGGCAUUUCCUCCUCAAUCUCUGCAUAUGAGUCCCUGUUGCUCCGUGGAUACGAUGUUCAAUCCGUUUUAUUGUUCCGCGACGAGUAUUAUCAAAACCAUGAAUAUCUCGGAGAUUAUUUCCGCAAUAAGAGUAUCCCCUUGGUUCAUCUGCCAGCUCCGCCGCCAAAGCCAUUGCAGACUGACCCCGAUGCUCAACUAAGAGAUGAAGAGGCAAUGCUUGCCUAUUACGGUCAGGCAUCUCAAGAGUCGGAGAUUCUGCGCCUCCUUGAACAAAUGACUAUCAACAAUAAGCAAAGGAUCGAGAGACUGGAGGAAAUGAGGGAACGCGCCCAAGACUUGAUCUGGUAUCCGUUUACCCAGCACCAGGGCAUGCAAGCGAAGGAUAUUACCGUUAUUGAUUCCGCUCAUGAUGAUUAUUUCCAUACAUUUGAUUCAAGUCGUGCUGCAACCUCGGAUGGCGAGCUGCGACCAACCUUUGAUGGUUCGGCAUCUUGGUGGACUCAGGGAUUGGGUCACGGAAACCCCGAGCUUUCUCUUUCGGCAGCUUAUGCGGCUGGUCGAUACGGCCAUGUCAUGUUCGCGGGCGCGGUUCACGAGCCUGCACUCUCCCUUGCUGAUAACCUUUUGAAGACCCUCGAUAACCCACGCUUCAGCAAGGUAUUCUAUACCGAUAAUGGUAGCACAGGAAUGGAGGUGGCUAUCAAGAUGGGCCUCCGUGCUUCCUGCGAUAGAUAUGGUUGGGAUGCCAGCCAAGAGAAGAUUAAUAUUCUUGGCAUGAAGGGGAGCUACCACGGUGAUACCAUCGGUGUCAUGGACUGCUCUGAGCCGUCGACUUAUAACAAAAAGGUGGAAUGGUACCGCGGUCGUGGCCACUGGUUCGAUUUCCCUCUGGUUAAAAUGGUUGAUGGAAAGUGGAAGGUGGAAGUUCCCCAGGAGCUGCAAGAGGACCUGGGCUCCGACACAGAGUUCAGCUCUUUGGGAUCCGUAUUUGAUCUGAGCAGCCGACUGGAUUCCGACGCCAGUGAGCGCUAUAGGAAGUAUAUUCACCGCACGAUCAAGGAUCUUGUGGACACCCACGGAAUGAAGUUCGGUGCUCUCAUCCUGGAGCCCGUCAUUCUAGGUGCGGGUGGAAUGCUUUUCUGUGACCCCCUGUUCCAGCGAUGCCUCACUGACGUCGUCCGCGAGCACCCUGAGCUCUUCUCCCCCAACGCAACCUCUGCAAAGGCCUCCCCGUCCUGGUCUGGAUUGCCCAUUAUCUUUGACGAAGUGUUUACUGGCCUCUACAGACUCGGACGUGCGACCGCUGCAUCCUUCCUGGACGUCCACCCGGAUAUUGCUGUCAACGCCAAGCUCCUCACUGGUGGCCUGAUCCCUCUCUGUACCACAGCAGCAAGCAAGGAAAUCUUCGACACUUUCUCGAGCCCCGAGAAGAGUGACGCGCUUCUCCACGGCCACAGCUACACAGCCCACGCCGUAGGCUGCACGGUCGCCGUGGACUCGCUCCGCACGAUGUCCAAGAUGGACAAGGAUGGUUCCUGGGACGGAUUCCGCGCCGAUUGGCAGACAGCGCCGUCCGCAUCAUCCGCCACUGCUACGCCAGAAGUGUGGAGUGUCUGGUCAAAUGGCCUUCUCCAAGAUCUUUCCUGCGCGGAAUCAGUAGAGAGUGUUUUCGCUAUCGGAACUGUCUUGAGUAUCUCCUUGCGAGAUGAACAGGGUGGAGGUUAUACCUCCACAGCCUCCAAGGGCUUGCAGCAGAAAUUGACCGAGGGCGGCGAUCAAUUCAAUGUCCAUUCUCGCGUGUUGGGUAACGUGCUCUACUUGAUGUCAAGCGUGACCUCCAAGCCCGAGUCAUUGCGAGAGCUGGAGAGCCUCCUCCGCUCUGCCCUCCUGUAA